UGCGAAUAUGAACCCUUUAACUAAGGUGAAGCUGAUCAACGAACUGAAUGAGCGAGAGGUUCAACUUGGGGUGGCAGAAAAGGUGUCUUGGCACUCGGAAUACAAAGACAGCGCCUGGAUCUUUCUUGGAGGGCUUCCUUAUGAACUGACAGAAGGAGACAUCAUCUGUGUGUUCUCACAGUAUGGAGAGAUUGUCAACAUUAAUCUUGUGAGAGACAAGAAGACUGGGAAAUCCAAAGGAUUCUGUUUCCUGUGCUAUGAAGAUCAGAGGAGCACAGUUCUGGCCGUUGACAAUUUUAAUGGAAUUAAGAUUAAAGGAAGAACUAUCCGUGUGGACCAUGUGGCAAACUACCGGGCUCCUCAGGAAUCAGAAGAUGUGGAUGAUGUGACUAGAGAGCUCCAGGAGAAGGGCUGUGGGGCUAAAACACCCCCAUCAAGUCCUCCUGAAGUCUCUGAAGAUGAAGAUGCCAAAGUCACAAAAAAGCCCAAAAAAGACAAAAAAGAGAAAAAGAAGAAGAAAGAAAAAGAGAAGACUGAACGCCCGGUCCAAGCAGAGCUGCCAUCCUGCUCCAGAAGCAAGACAGUAAAGGAGACGGAUGAGCAGAGUGCGAAGAAGCACAGCAGCAAGCCCUCAGAGAGAGCGCAGAAAUCUGAAUGUAGAGAGAGGAAGAAGAGCCACUCUGGUUCCCCUGAUGGCAGAACUUCUUGCCGUGGUAGAGCAGAGGAACCUGAGUGGGAGGCAAAGAAAGAGAAACACAAGCAUGAGCAUAAGCCCUCAAGCAGGAGGGAGGGAGAAGAAAAGAGCAGAGAUAAGGAUAGAGGGAGGAGCUCAGGUACUCAUUCCAGCAGGCAUCAUGGGCAUUCUGAAGGGCGGAGUCAUAGAAGUAGGAGUAGGAGUAGGAGUAGGAGUCCAGAUAGGUCCCAUAGGCAUAAAAAGCACAGGUACUCUCAUGAGCGCGAGUCCUUCCAUGCCAGUGACCGUAGACAUUACUGAAGCCUGUUCCAGCUGCCCAGUUCUUUGAAAAUGAAUCUUGUUGCAUAAUA